GCGUGUCCACAGCAUUUACGAUUUUCUUUUCAACCACAGGACAUAGGGAGGAUCCUAAUCCUGGGUGUGGGGCCAGUCUCAUGGAUCGUUCGGCUUUGUCCUUUCCUUUUGGACAGUUACUCUAUUCUACAGUAUUUUAUCCAAUCAUCUUCCGCCCGCUAGAAAUCGAGGAUGUGCUGAGAGAGAGAGAGAGAGAGAGAGAGAGAGAGAGAAUGGCGGGCGAGUCCGAUUAUGGAGCUUUCAUGGAUAAAUUCAUUCUACAGCCAAGCUCUUCAACUGAUCAAGAACUCCCCUUAAAGGGCCUCACCUUUGCUGUAAAAGACAUAUUUGACAUGGUGGGAUAUGUUACUGGGUUUGGAAAUCCUGAUUGGGCACGGACUCAUUCGGCUGCUACGACAACAGCUCCCGCCGUUUUGGCUGUGUUAAGUGGAGGUGCUACAUGUGUGGGUAAAACUGUCAUGGAUGAAAUGGCAUACAGCAUAAAUGGAGAAAACAAGCAUUAUGGGACUCCAAAAAAUCCCUUUGCACCGGAUCGGGUGCCUGGAGGAUCUUCUAGUGGAUCAGCUGUUGCAGUUGGUGGAAUGCUUGUAGAUUUCUCCUUGGGCACCGAUACUGGAGGAAGUGUAAGAGUUCCGGCGUCAUACUGUGGGAUUUUAGGGUUUCGACCUUCUCAUGGUGUUGUUUCAACAUCUGGGGUCAUCCCUAUGGCACAAAGUUUCGACACUGUCGGGUGGUUUGCUAGGGAUGCUGCCAUCUUGUACCGAGUUGGACGGGUAUUAUUGCAGUUGCCUGUGGUGGAACCUGUGAAACCUACUCACAUCACUAUUGCAGAAGAUUGUUUCCAGCUUCUAAUAAGUAUCCCAAGUCAUCGAGUAGCUUCAGUCCUUGUUAAAUCGGUGGAGAAACUAUUUGGUGGUCACAUUGUAAAGUAUGCGUGCCUUGGGGACUAUGUUAAAGACCACGUUCCAACUUUGAAGCAUUUUAUGGGCAACGGACUUGAGAAUCAAGAAUAUAAUGUUGUGCCCUUGGCAGCUCUCUCAAGUGCCAUGAGGCUGCUUCAAAGGUCUGAAUUCAAGAAUAAUCAUGGUGAGUGGGUUACUACUGUCAAACCUGAUUUGGGUCCUGGUAUAUCAGAACGAGUGUGGGAAGCUGUGAGGUCAACAGAUGAAAAUCUCGAUGUCUGCCAGUUGGUGAAGACUGAACUACGUGCUGCUCUCACUGCUCUCUUAGGGGACUACGGUAUCCUAGCAAUCCCCACAGUUCCUGGGCCUCCACCAAAAUUACAAACAGAGCCAUCUACAUUGGAAACAUUUCGUGCCAGGGCUUUUAGCUUGUUGUCUGUUGCUGGAGUAUCUGGCUUCUGCCAGGUGAGCAUACCACUAGGAACGUAUGACAAUCUUCCCGUGUCAGUUUCCUUGUUAGCGAAGCAUGGAUCAGAUGGGUUCCUGCUGAAUCUUGUCGAGACGCUUUAUGGAACUCUCAAGGAACAAAUUGAAAUUGCUCAGGAAUUGAGUUACCGAAGGUCUUAACUUGUUUAUGUAAGCUUCCAUUUCUUAUUCGAAUAAAUAAGAGCGUUGUUGCAGUGUUGCAUUUUCACAACCGCGCAUGUAUAUGACCUAGUCUUGACUCUUGACAAUUAAAAAUCCGGUAUUUUUCUGAAAUAUUCACACUUCGAAGCCUUCAUAGUUAGGACAUACACAAUGUGAAAACAAUAUACAAUGGUGGGAUCAUUAAUCGAGGUAUUAGGAUUAUUGUUGGUAAUCAAUGUUAUAUCCC